AUGAUCGAAGUCAAAGAGAGGCUGCAUCUUGCCAGAGUCCCGGAGCCAUAUGAAUACUUCGAUCUCAUAUGCGGCUCCGGUUUUGGUGGUAUUCUAGCCCUUCUUUUGGGCAGACUGCAUAUGAGCAUUGGUCAUUGCAAAGACUGGCUUUCGGACAUUAUAAAACAGCUGUACAAACCUAGCGAUUGCUCGAACGCUUUGCUCAGAGCUUCAGAUCUUGAUAUUGGCUGUAAAACCUUUGUCAUCGCACUUCCCUCCCAUAGUCCGACCACACCCACAAGAUUUCGAUCCUACACCUCGAGGUCAGACGCACAAAUUCAAGACUGCACCAUUGUGGAGGCUGCACAAGCAACCGCUGCAUACCCGACCGAAUUCUCGUCCAUCAGACCAAAGGACUCAGACAUUGACUACGUGGCUUCUGCUUUAGGUUUGGCAAACCCGGCAUUCGAGGCUUUGGAUGAAGCCACCAGGAUCUGGCAACGAAGGGCCAUUAAAUCUCUGGUCAGUAUUGGAGCUGGGAAAGCCAAGAACCUUCCCUUCGAGGCCGCUCCUGAAAUUUCCUCCAACCCUUUCUCUGGUUUGAUGCCAUGGAUAGAUAUCAGUUUCUUCCUCUCCUUUUCGGCCGCUUCUAGUCAGCUACUACAGCAGGCUGAGCAGAGUCACAUACAAUUGAGUAGAGUGGCAAAAAUACUUGAUCUCGAAUACUUCCGUUUCAACACAGACUUUGGUCCGACUGAUAUCCUGCAUGGCGAUUACAAAAUGGCAGAUCACAUACAGAAAGUAACUCAGGACUAUCUUUUAAAGGAAGAUAUUAACAUUGCCAAAUAUCAAUGUCUCACAAAAGAAAGCACGAGCCAAGCAGUCAAACAUCAGCUCCCUGACAUCGUCAAAGAUCUUGACCCAGUCCUGUUCGAUACAGAGCGCCUAAAAGCUUAUCACGAACAGCUAGGAGCGGCUGAAUCCGCUAAUGACUGGUUCGAAUUACUGAAUGAAAGGGUCCAGGUACCAGUGUCUAACGGAAGACGAGAAGAUGAUGUCAAAGUGAAACUCGCCAUCUUAGAUAGUGGAAUCGAUGCUAUCUACGCAAAUUCCCUUAACAUGAAAGACAAGAUGCGUGACUGGACAGGGUCACCUGAUGGUGCUCACGAUACACAUGGUCACGGAACACAUAUCGCAAAAUUGAUCAUUCGAGUCGCUCCUAAUAUAGAAAUAUAUGUGGGAAAGGUUUUUCAGAAGGCGAAAGGAGAUGAGAGAACAGCUGAAAGGGCUAUCGAUUAUUGUCGAGAGAAGUGGGAGGUGAACAUCAUUUCCAUGUCAUUUGGCCUUCUUGAGCGCGAUGAUCAAAUUUCCGCCGCGAUCGGCCGGGCAUACGCUGUUGGUAUUCUCAUGUUCGCAGCUGCAUCUAAUCACAGUCCAAUGGAAGGACGGCACUCGAUAUUUCCAGCUAAUAUCAAAGGUCAAGUUUUCAAGAUCUGCUCAUGCGAUGGCCAUGGAAUACCUUCGACCUUUACUCCGCUUCCAACUUCGAACGAUGAUAAUUUCAUGAUCAUUGGGGAAUCCGUGGGACCAGCGUCGAAGGGAAAGAACAGUAGCGACACCUUAGAAAGACGAUCAGGAACAUCAAUGGCGACCGCAAUAGCUGCAGGCAUAGUUGCGCUUCUUUUGGAGUAUGCAGGCCAAGAGCAUCGUAAGAUUAAAAACAAGUCACGUCUCUGGCAUUAUGCGGGCAUGCGUGCCAUGCUCAACAAGAUGACACCCAGUGACUCAUACCAAAAGGCUAAUGGACAUCAAUGGCUCAUCCCAUGGGAGCUCUUUAAACCUGGAAAAGCAAAGGACCAUAUCGACUAUGACAUAUCCUGGGCCUUAAGAGAAGAAGGAUAUAUCUGA